GUUUGUAAAUAAAGCCAAAAGAUGGAGUCAUGAAAAUGUUUUGCUAAUCUAAAAAUAUAAAGUUAGCUAGCCAGAUCGAAUAACCGAAUAGCUGAAUAUGUAAUCGGUGUCAUGCACAAUUUGCUGGCUUAGCGAAUAUAUUAAUUAGUUAUGUAGCGGGAAAAAGUGUCGUUAAGAGGGAUUCACUUACAUUUUCAAGUUUGUUGCACAGCGAUUUGCUACAGUUUUUUUCCGAGUGCAUUGACGUUGCAUAGAGGGCUGUUUGUCGUUAUGUUACCUAACUACCCAGCUGGCUUGUUAAGUAACGUUCACUGUUAAAUUACAACGUCGCUAGUUAGAGACUCGUAAAACAUUCAAUACGUUCAGUAUUUACUAAGACCGCUGUCUUUCUCGUAAACUAGUUGCGUGUGUGUGUGUGCUGGUCCAGCCAGCUCAAUGGGGAACUGUCUGUCUUCGCAAGGCGCAGACGACUUGUCUCUUCUCAACGAGUCCGAGCCAGGUGCCAGUCAUAACCUUCCAGGGGAACCUCCACCGGCCUACCGGGAGAGUGUCCAGGAUCCAGUUUACCACCCCACCCCCAGUCAGACGCGUUUGGUCUGUCAGCUGACCGAGGAGGAGCAGGUCCGUAUCGCUCAGAGGAUUGGCCUCAUCCAGCACCUGCCCAGAGGCAACUUUGACGCCGGCUCUGAGCCCUCCGACAAGAAAGUCAAAGAGUGUGCGAUCUGUAUGAGUGACUUUGAGUACGGCGACCCCAUCCGGUUCCUGCCCUGCCUGCACAUCUACCACGUGGAUUGCAUCGAUGCCUGGCUGAUGAGGUCCUUCACCUGCCCCUCCUGCAUGGAGCCUGUGGACGCUGCCCUGCUGUCUUCCUAUGAGACCAGCUGAGCGCCGCGCGGCUUCCGGCGCAUUCCCCUGUUCGCCGGGUGGAACCUCGGAAAUCGGAUCAGGACCGGAAGAUCCCCUGGCCUGAACUUGCCUAAUAGGACAUGCUUAAUCGCCCCCUUUUCCCCCUGCACAGUCUUCCCCUAAUGUGUUUCGUCGGAGCCCCGUCGGCCCGGUUUCAAAACCAGUGCAUGCUUUAGGGAAUCGGUUGCUAUUUGGGACUGGCGUACGGUGGCCCUUAUGACCCGGGUGGGGGUUCUGUCCUUGAUCUGCGGGAGGCCGACCUGGAGGGCGGGGAGGCAGGCUGGUUUGGCAUAACGUUGGUAGGUGCGCUCUGAUCUGCCAUUCCUUCUCUGCACUGGGUGCUGAAAAUGCUUUCGGGAUUAGUCGAAUAUGAAUCAGUAAUUCACGCCACUUCAGCCUUUUCAGCUUUAUUGCCAAACAAAUGUUAAUGAUGAGAGAUUUGUUGAACACUGGUCGCUUUUGGUUGACCUCAGGUUGGUCAUCUGGAGGGGCCCGGUGCGGUUGUUCGUCUGGCCUGGUCCUCCGUCUGUUUGUCCGGUUAUUCCAGGUAAUGCCGAUGACAGGCAGGACAGCAACGACUGGCAAGGCGGCACGAAGAGGUCUGGGAUCCGGCUAAAGCCCAGUUAUUAAGGGUUGGUUAGUCUGAUACUUCCCUUAUCAUCCUCUUCCAAACCAAAAUGCAGUGGGAUGAGACCACAGACAGGAUGUGACCUCCCGCCCCCCCAUCGUAAAAACUGCUUUACCUUCCAUUAGUUUGGCCUUGAAUCUCUCACACAUAAUGCACAGGGCUCGUAACUCUAAUCGAUUUCUUUCCAGUCAAAUGUCCAACAUAAAUGAAGAUAUCUGGUAGGACAUUUUACACAGUCACACUGGCCUCAUACCCUGGUUGAAGAUGUGGGUUUUGUAUGUGUUGUUUUAGUGGCGAAGGUUUGGAUGGGUUGUAGCUGUUAGUAAACCUGGUCCCCGAUGUGUGUGUCAAAGUAGCGAACUUUUCCUGUUUAGCAGUUAUUACCCAAUGUCUGUCUUCCCCACGGAUCCCUUUCCCUCUCAAGCUUGGCCGUGACUGUGUCCUGUUGUCAUCUUUUCCGAUCGUUGUUUGUUCGUGUUGUUGUUGUUGGCAGCCAUGUUUACUUGCUGUGAGUUGUUACUCUCUCAAAGACUAGUGCUGUGGCCAAAAUGGCCCCCUGUGUCCUAUGCAGUUCACUACUUUUCACCAGAGCCUUAUCAAUGGUAGAGCACUAGCAAGGGAUUAGGGUGCAGUUGGGGCUGUUGCCAAACACUGUUAUCUCUCCCCAGACUCUGUGCACAUUGGCAUGGACUCUGCUGCCCUGUAGGUCUGGGGGUGUAUUCACAAAGCCUCUUCGAGUAUGAGCUGGUUCUGAUCUAGGAUCACAGUUGCGUUUUGGGUUGUAAUGAAUAAGGUUAUGUGAACAUGGAAGAACUGAUCCUCGACCAGCACUCCUGGUCUCUGUGACUACAAGCCCUUAAUCAGACCGGGGGGGGGGUUCUUUGUGGUCUUUUAACUCCUUUAACAAGAGGGGGAAAAAACACGAGGUUUCACCAUUUUGAUGUUGGGUAUUAAGGUUGCACCUGGCCUUGUUUGUGUGUGUGUGUGUGUGUGUGUGUGUUUGCGUGCAUGCGUGUUUUGUGUUGUGAUGGUGUUCCACACUGAGCAAUUCCAAGUUAGAAACAUUUUUCGAUUGAUACUUUGAAAGUAAUUGGAAAAUGUUAAUGAUCGACAGUGUGGUUUGAAACAAUCAACUUACAUAGUGAGAGAGUAGGAGUGAAGAAUGGAUUCUGUCAUGAAUCUAUUCACAAAAUCGAAGUAAUCGAGGAGUACAUGAUGAGGUUUACCGUGGCGAUAUUUGAUAUGUAUACUCCUAAGUGGAACUGGUGGGUAAAAUGGUAAUGCUAUUAAUUUCAGGGUUAACUGGGCCCUUUUAGGUCAAUGUGAGCCGACUCCUGUGAAGUACAAUCAGUUAUACUUGUCAUUGUAAGUUUGGUUUUCCUUGGAGAUAUAGAUGGAAGGUGUGAAUUCAUAAGAAUCUGAUUAGUCAGAACUUACCUGGCUGUUACUAUCCUGGGUUUGCAAAUCGUUUGGAUCUGUGUCAUUUCUUUUAUAAUGUGAGCUUUUAGGAAAAACUACAAUAAAAUAUGGAUGCCAAA